CAACCUAAAUUGUUCGCGGGGAUAGCCAUGGCGGCGCAGUCGGACAACAACCUCUACGAGACGGCUUCGCAGCCGGACACCGGCGGUCACGCGUACACUUUCCUCGAGUUCAACACCCAGGACGACUUCGACGACUACAUGGAGUUCGAGGAGUUCUCGCAACCCUCCCGAUCCCCCGCUGGGCCCCAUCUCCCGCCACCGUCCGAGCCCGAGCAGGACUCCGCCGCAUCCGAACUGCAUGCUCCUGAGCCCACCCUGUCGCCUUCCGCAUCGACUCCCCUCGGCGGUCCUUCCUCGUCCUCCGAGGCCAGGGGAGCCUCUGGCGGUCAGGCGGCUGCCGCGGCGGUUGAUACCCUGGCAGCUGGGAUGAGCGAGCUCAACUUCGAGGAGACUGGGGAUGAAGGUUACGAGUUUGGCGAGGGUAAUUUGACGGAGCACGCGUGCCGGUAUUGUGGGGUGCAGGAUCCGGGGUGUGUCGUUAGGUGCAACGUUCCGACGUGCAGGAAGUGGUUCUGUCAGUUGUGGGGGAACGCAUGUGGUUCUCAUAUCGUGAAUCAUCUGGUGCUAGCAAAUCACAUGGAAGUCUGUCUCCACAAGGACAGUCCACUGCGUCUGGGAGAGACUAUUGAAUGCCAUAAUUGUGGUUGCAGGAAUGUUUUUCUUCUUGGAUUUACUUAUUGUAGAACAGGAGGUGGCUCCUUUCUCUGCAGAGAACUUUGUUCGAAUGACAAUUCAACAAGGGGCAUGAAUUGGGAUCUUAGUCAAUGGCGUCCACUCAUUGAGGAUGGUUGUUUCCUACCAUGGCUUGUUAAGGUACCUUCAGAACAGGAACAACUUAGAGCAUGGCAAAUAAGUGAUCAUCAAAUUAACAAACUUGAAGAGUUAUGGAAGAAUGAUGAACCACAACCUGUUUCAUUGAAGUAUGGAGAUAUAUCCCAGUUCAUAAAGUUUGAGGAGGACUUUAAUAAGAUUUUCAAUUCAAAUAUCAAAGUCGCCAACAAAGCGUUCAAAACUCGGUUCAUUUUUGGACUAGAAGACAGUGAUGAAUGCGAUGACUAUGGAGAUAACAAGGAACUAGAAGACAGUGAUGAAUCCGAUGACUAUGGAGAUUUCAAGGAACUAGAAGACAGUGAUGAAUCCGAUGACUAUGGAGAUAACAUGGAUGGCGAUGAGCCAGGAGCAUCUGACAAUUAUGAUGGUAGUUAUGAUGAAUCAAGGGAGAUAAUGAAGAAGGUUGUCACUAUGGAGAUUGAGACAGGUUACGAGGACAGUUAUGAUUUUGCAUGAUGGAGGCAACACCAAUCAAACAUUUAUCCCACUUUCAUCUAUAUGUAAAUGAAAUUAUAUCACAUUUUACUUUUGCUGGAGUCUUCUUGCAUGAUGGGGAGUUUGAGAAAGACUAUAUCUUGUUAUGUUUUUAAGAAAUUGUUUGUGGUUAUUGAAUUUCAACUCAUUGAUAGUUAAAUUCAGGUUCUUUGUAGUCAAAUUAACUUUUAAAAUUUUA